AUGGAGACCCCAAAUGAAGUGACAUCGUACUCAUCCCUCUCCAAAAUUGAUAGCUACCACAGCCAGGCGGCUCCUAUGUCCGAUCUAGCUCCAGAAAACACAUACCCAGUGUAUGACUAUCUCUAUGAGCCAUCUCUGGAACCAGACUUUCCAUCUGAAUAUGGUUCAAGAGAAGAUCCCUUUCCGACAGCUCAAGCUAGCUCAACUAUCAACCUGAAGACCGUUCUAGGUGGUCUUGCUGCAAUUGUUUCGCGUCCAAGCAAGAUUGGGGAUGAUGCAUCACGGCAGCAAAGUUUCAGCACGGAUGUAUCAUUUCUAGGUGCUGGCAAGGAUGGUGAUUUGCAUUCAUCUGUUUGCGUUCCGAGUGCACCGCCGCUACUUGAGGCAAAUGCUUUACAGUUCAGUGCAUACAGGGAGGUGCUUCAGGCAGAUCCCCCGGAAUGGUUACCGGAUAGCUCUACCAGUGUAUGCCUGCAGUGCAGCUGUCCUUUCACAGCUCUGACUCGUGGAAGGCACCAUUGCCGCUUCUGUGGAGGUAUAUUCUGCAAAGAAUGUUCCAAGGGAAGAUGCUUGAUGCCCAUGAAGUUCAGACUGCGUGAUCCUCAGAGAGUGUGUGAUGCUUGCUACGAUAGACUUGAUCCACUCCAGGCCUUAUUGAUCAACUACAACAGUAAUGCCAUGCAGCCUGCCAAACAUGACGUCAUGGAUUGGACAAGUACGAGGAGCUGGUUGAAUUUGCCUGUUGGAUUAUCAAUGGAGUAUGAAAUAUACAAGGCAACAAACACACUGAGGAAAUAUUGCCAGGUUUCUAGAUUAAAUCCUGAGAAGUCAAUACCAUCAUCUAUCCUCAAGGGAGCAAAGGGGCUUGCUGUGCUCACAGUGGCCAAAGCAGGUGCAGUUCUUACGUACAAAAUGGGCACUGGUCUUGUAGUUGCUCGCCGAUCAGAUGGAUCAUGGUCUGCGCCAUCAGCGAUUUUAUCUGUUGGAUUGGGAUGGGGAGUGCAGAUUGGAGGAGAAUUGACAGAUUUUAUAAUUGUGCUUCAUGAUCUUAAAGCUGUCAAGGCAUUCAGCAGCCGCAUGCAUCUUUCUCUUGGGGCAGGAUUGAGUGCGGCAGCAGGACCAAUUGGCAGAGCCCUUGAAGCAGAUGUUCGAGCAAGUGAAAAAGGUUCUGGGAUAUGCUACACUUAUAGCUGCAGCAAAGGUGCCUUUGUUGGGGUCUCCCUUGAAGGAAAUGUCGUGACAACAAGAUCAGACACCAAUCUGCGCUUCUAUGGGGACGCCUACGUGACCACGACCGAUAUCCUGUUUGGGAGGGUGGAGAAGCCCAGAGCUGCGCAACCCUUGUACUCGGCUCUCGAUGAUCUGUUCUCAAAAAUGGUUUGCUAG